GGCCCCCUUCCUGGUCCCACAGCAUCGACGCGGGGCCCCACACCUGGGCGAGGGCCCCGCUGCUAGCGCAGCAGCUGCAGCAGCAACUGCAGCAGCAGCAGCAGCUAGCCACGAGGAGCAGCAGAGGCAGCAGCAGCCCCACACGCUGCAGCAGCAGAGAAGCAGGGGCCCCACAGAGAGCCAAAGAGCGGGAGAAGACCUUAAACAGACACACAGCCAUGGGCCGCCGCAGCAGCAGCAGCAGCAGCAGCAGCUCCUGCUGCUACAGCAACCCGCUGCUGUCUGACUCGGACGACGGCGAGCCUCAGCCGCAGGACUGCGGCAGCAAGUCCCAAGAGGAACUGCAGCAGCAGCAGCAGCAGCAGCAGCAGCAGCAGCAGCAAAAUGGAGGUCCCCUCAAAAAGAGCCGCCUGGACGCUGCAGGCAGCUCGAGGGGCCUGUGGGUCCCCUUUAGAAUCUAG